AUGGCCAACCUACCACCCGUCUAUAUCGUCUCUGUCGCCAGAACGCCUGUCGGAUCAUUUCUAGGCUCUCUCUCAAGCCUCAGCGCCAUUGACCUCGGCGCCCACGCCAUCAAGUCCGCCGUUGAGCGUGUGCCACAGAUCAAGCCAGAAGAUGUCGAGGAGGUCUUUUUCGGCAACGUGCUGUCAGCCAAUCUUGGCCAGGCGCCUGCGCGUCAGUGCGCCCUGAAUGGCGGGCUCUCCAAGAGCGUGAUUGCAACCACGGUCAACAAGGUGUGCGCUUCCGGCCUCAAGGCGAUCAUUCUGGGAGCUCAGACGAUCAUGACGGGCAAUGCGUCGAUUGUGGUGGCUGGUGGCACCGAGUCCAUGUCCAACACGCCGCACUACCUGCCGACGCUGCGCAAGGGCUCCAAAUACGGCAACGCAACGUUGGUGGACGGCGUGCUGAACGACGGCCUGACGGAUGCCUACGGUGCCAAGGAGCACAUGGGGCUGCAGGGCGAGCUGUGCAGCGACGACCACAGCAUCUCGCGUGCCGAGCAGGACGAGUACGCCAUCGGGACGUACCAGCGUGCGCAGGCGGCAACGGAGGCCGGCGUGUUUGCGUCGGAGAUUGCGCCCAUUGACGUUCCGGGUCCGCGGGGGAAGCCGGCGACGCGUGUGGACCGUGACGAGGAGGCCAAGAACCUCAACAUUGACAAGCUGCGGUCGGUGCGGCCGGCUUUCAAGCCGAACGGUGGCACAGUGACGGCGGCUAAUGCGGCGCCUAUCAACGACGGCGCGGCUGCCGUGGUGCUGGUGUCGGAGGCGAAGCUCAAGGAGCUCGGGCUGAAGCCGCUGGCCAAGAUCCUUGGUUGGGGUGAUGCGGCCCAAGAGCCCGAGCGAUUUACCACGGCGCCGGCCCUUGCCAUUCCCAAGGCCAUUGCCCAUGCCGGAUUGACGGCCGCCGAUGUGGAUUACUACGAGAUCAACGAGGCAUUUUCAGUUGUGGCCCUGGCCAACGCCAAGAUUCUGGGCCUGGACGUCGACAAGGUGAACGUGUUUGGCGGUGCCGUGGCCAUUGGCCAUCCGCUCGGCUGCUCGGGUGCACGCAUCGUCGCCACCUUGACGACGGUCCUGCGUGAGAAGAAGGGCAAGAUCGGCGUGGCGGCCAUCUGCAACGGCGGCGGUGGCGCGUCGUCGCUGGUGAUUGAGAACCUGCAGUAA